AAUUAGACACAGUAUUAAAUAAAAUUAUGUGUAGUUGUAUAAUGGAUUAAGUAUAAUUAUAUAUUUUUUAAAUAUAAUGUUAUAUACUUAAAUAUGAUUACACAUAAAAAUUUUUUACUGGAUGAUUACGUAGAUUUAGAAUGGGCGAUCGGCCUGCAACGCAGUAUGUUGAAAAUUGUGGGCUUAUGGCCGCAACAGAGUCAAGAUCAACAUAAAGAAUUCUUUUCAAAGUUUUGGAUGUUAUUUAAUGCUACGAUAAUAAUUUUCGUAUUGGCUAUACCUGCUUUAAUAGAACUGAUAAAAGUAUGGGGUGACAUGAUACAGAUAACGGAAAAUUUACAAUUUACCUUGCCUAUUUUGACAACGACAAUUAAAAUCUUCAUUAUGUGGUACAAAAAAGGAGAUUUAUCGAUGUUGAUUAACAUGAUUGUGAAAGACUGGAUGCGAAUAAAAAUGAAUGAAGAGCGAAAAAUUAUGCUUAAGAAUGCCAGGAUUACUCGCUUACUCGUCAAAGGCGGAAUACUGAUUUCAGUUGUCGCAGGGUUCACCAAAAUCAGCGCUACACUUUUUAAACAAUACUUCGGGCAUGUGAGAAAUCUCACUAAUCUUGAAAGAUCUUUACCCAUGCCUGUAUAUUACUGGUACGAUGUAUAUAGUAGCCCGAAAUACGAGCUGACAUAUCUGACACAAAUAAUCGCGAUGUUUGGAUGCGGUAUUGCUUACAUCGCAACCGACAACUUCUUUGGAUUACUGAUCUUGCAUGUGUGUGGUCAGAUGGAGAAUCUGCAUCUGCGAUUAUUACAUCGGGGAAGGAUCGAGAUUUCAGAGCAGUUUUAAAAUACAACGUUAAAGACCACAUCCGUUUAAUCAGGUUCUCAAGAAAGAAAGUUAUAUUCAAAUAUGAAUUGGUUGGAUUUAAUUUUUUCUUUAAAGAAAUUUAUUAAAAAUGUACUACCAAAGAUUUAAUUACUAAAAGUACACGGUAUAUUUUUGUUUUCUUUUAACUUCCAAAUUUUUUAAAAAAUGUAUCCCGAAUGCAGUAUUUUUAAUAUUUUUUAUAAUUUCAAGAAAACAUUUUAUUGUAUUAGUGUUAUCUGCUAUAUCUAUUUUAUAUCAUAUCUAAAUUGCAGAUCUGUAGAAGCCAUUGAUGACUCUUUCAAUUUAUUGCUGCUUGGUGUAAUGGGCUUCUUUAGCAUAACAAUCAGUCUUGUUGGAUUUUUAAUAGUUAAUGUAAGUAAAAGUAAUAAUUUAUUUGUUUGUAUAACUUAUAUUACUAAAGUAUAUGUUAAUAUCUUAUUCAGAUGUUUUUCCUUCGCUAUCAUAAUUAUCUGAUUUCUAUACUAUAAUACAUUUUAAAACAUAAUGUACUUAAUUUACGUUAGUUUAGGCUACUGAUCAAAAUACUCACAUGUCCAUCACACAAUUGGUUUGGUAUAUUUCCUCGGGUAUAUCUCUUUUAAUGCACACUUGUCUUUAUUGUGGAGUAGGUGAACUUCUCGUGAUUCAAGCAAGUAUAAUAAUUUUUGUAAUAAUAAAAACGAUAAAGUGCAAAUUAUCUAAUUCCAUAAUUUUUGGAAUACCUUUAUAAUUUUGACUAUACGUGUUACAAUUAUUUAAAAAUUGUUAUAUAAUUUUUACAAAUUUAAUAAAAAUUUUAAAAAAACAUUUAGUAAAAUAGUCCUUUGUUUACUUGCAUUAAAUAUAUUCAUUUAUAAUAAUUUUAACGUUACAAUUUUUGCUCGUUUAGUUUGGUCACUUUAAUUUAUACAUUUAAUAAAUUUUAUUGAUGUUUAUGCUGUGUUGUAUAUUUGCGCAUUCGUGCUUAAAUAUAAACUUAAUGCUUAAUAGUAAACUAUUUUCAACUUGUUUCUAUU